AUGAUAAGGAAGAGAACCAACGACAGGAGCACCAACCGCGCGCAAUGUUGGAGCUUAUGGCGAACCUGCACAAAUUUAAGGUUACUGAAGCAAAUUCAUGCUUCUAUACUAGUGAAAGGUUUCAACUCAAGUCCAGGAGCUCUAAGAGAGCUCAUUUUCGCGAGUGCGAUUGCAAUUCCUGGCACCAUAGAUUACGCCCACCAACUGUUCGCUCAAAUUACUGACCCGGACACCUUUAUGUGCAACACCAUGAUGAGAGGAGCAGCUCAGAGCCAAUACCCACUGAGAACUGUUUCCGUGUAUAACGUGAUGGCGCGUUCUGGUGCAAAGCCUGAUAAUUUCACGUUUCCCUUCUUGGUCAAAGCUUGUACGAGGCUUCAGUGGAGGAAAAUGGGUAGUUGUGUCCAUGGGAUGGUGGUGAGAUUCGGGUUUGGAGGAAACAAUUUUGUGAGGAAUACGAUUCUCUAUUUUCAUGCUAAUUGCGGGGAUUUAGGAGUAGCAAGGUCGAUUUUUGAUAAUAUGGUGGAGAAGGAUGUUGUUGCUUGCUCUGCUUUGAUUGCAGGAUAUGCAAGGAGAGGAAACUUGAAUGUCGCCCGGCAGCUGUUUGUUGAAAUGCCAGUUAAAGAUUUGGUGUCCUGGAAUGUGAUGAUUACUGGGUAUGCAAAGAGAGGGAAGAUGGGUAGUGCAAGGGAGCUCUUUGAGCAAGUCCCCAAGAGGGAUGUUGUGACUUGGAACACUAUGAUCGCAGGGUAUGUCAAUGUUGGGCAGAAUGAUCAGGCUCUGAAGUUGUUUGAGGAGAUGAGGAAUGCUGGAGAACAUCCGGACGAGGUUACAAUGCUCAGCCUUCUAUCGGCUUGUUCACAGUUGGGGGACCUGGAGACCGGGAAGAGUUUGCAUUUCUCAAUCUUUCAAGUGAACAAGAGAGAGUUUGGUGUUUUACUUGGUAAUGCUGUUAUAUCCAUGUAUGCUAAAUGUGGCAGUAUAAAAGGUGCAGUUGAAGUGUUUCAAGGGAUGAAAGAGAAGGAUGUUACUUCAUGGAAUUCAGUUAUAGGAGGAUUGGCUCGAAAUGGGCAUGCUGAGGAAUCAAUAAGGUUGUUUGAAGAGAUGCUGAGAUUGGGAAAAAUUACUCCAGACGAGAUCACUUUUGUUCAAGUGUUGAUUGCUUGUGGUCAUGCUGGGAAGGUUGAUAAGGGGCGUAGUUAUUUUGAUAUGAUGAUAAAUAAGUAUGGUAUAGUUCCAAAUAUGAAGCACUAUGGGUGUAUUGUUGACAUGCUGGGGCGUGCAGGGUUAUUGACAGAAGCAUUUCAGUUCAUUGACAAAAUGAAUGUUGAACCGAAUGGCAUUAUUUGGAGGACCCUUCUUGGGGCUUGUGCGUUGCAUGGAAACAUUGAAAUUGGGAAGCGUGCAACCGAGAGACUGAUGAAGCUAAGAAGAGAUGAGAGCGGAGACUACGUGUUGCUUUCCAACAUGUAUGCUGCAGUAGGUGAGUGGGGUGGGUUUGAGAAGGUAAGGCAGGUAAUGGAUGAUUAUGGAGUGUGGAAAGAGCCUGGAUACAGCAUUGUCGAACCCGAUAACAAAGCUGUCAUUAAGCUUCUAUCUCGGUCAAGAAGCAGCCAUGUUCCAGAGAGUUGA